UACUUGCGAAAGAAACAAAAAAAGAGACAAAAGAGGAAACACAAUAUCGAAGAGAGAGAGAGAGAGUAUGGGUGAGGUGGCUUAUAUGGACGAAGGAGACUUAGAAGCAAUAGUCAGAGGCUACUCCGGCUCGGGAGACGCGUUUUCCGGCGAAAGCUCUGGCGGGUUUUCACCACCCUUUUGCCUCCCGAAUGAGACGGCUAGUUUCUACGAACCGGAGAUGGAGACAACCGGUUUAGACGAACUCGGUGAACUCUACAAACCUUUUUACCCUUUCUCCACACAAACGAUCCUCACGAGCUCUGUCUCUGUUCCCGAAGAUUCAAGAAGUUUCCGAGAUGACAAGAAACAACAGCGACCACGUGGUUGUCUUCUAUCUAACGGAUCAAGAGCUGAUCAUAUCCGAAUCCCAGAAUCCAAAUCGAAGAAGAGCAAAAAGAAUCAACAGAAGAGAGUUGUCGAGCAAGUGAAGGAAGAGAAUCUGUUGUCGGACGCAUGGGCGUGGCGUAAAUACGGGCAAAAACCCAUCAAAGGAUCUCCAUACCCAAGGAGUUAUUACAGGUGCAGCAGCUCGAAGGGGUGUUUGGCAAGAAAACAAGUCGAAAGAAACCCGCAGAACCCGGAGAAAUUCACCAUAACGUAUACAAAUGAUCACAAUCAUGAACUACCAACCCGGAGAAACUCAUUAGCCGGUUCAACUCGAGCCAAAUCUUCCCAACCCAAACCGUCCUUAACCAAAAAAUCCGGAAAACAAGUAGUUUCUUCUCCCACAACUAAUCCCAUGAUCACAUCCGUUGAUGAAUCUUCUGUCGCGGUUCAAGACACGGGCGUUGCAGAAAUGAGUACCUACCAAAAAGUCAGAGAAAUCGAGGGUGCGAGUAACAAUUUACCAUCGGAUUUGAUGUCAGGGACCGGAACAUUUCCGAGUUUUACCGGAGACUUCGAUGAACUAUUGAAUAGCCAAGAGUUCUUCAAUGGGUACUUAUGGAAUUACUAGAUAACGUUAGGUGUAUGUUUUAAAACUUAUUAUAGUUGCAUUGCAGCCGCUGAGAAAAAUGUAUAUAUUUAUGUCUGGUCUCUGUAGUAGAUUAAAGCGUCAUAGUUUUCGUUUCCACUUU